AUGUCAUUUGAUGACUUCUAUACCAAUUUUAUGCAGAUGGAAAUUUGUAAUCUCUCGGCGGCUGUGAUGAACGAAGUCUCGGAAAUGACUGGGGUGGAAAUUUCUGAUCCACAGCUCCAUCAGUGGGAGGAAAAAGCUGAGGACGGCGAAUGGAGCACACAGAAAGGAACCGCGGGCGGUUGUGCAAAUAGUCCU